AUGGAACCUAACAAUCAUGAGAAUGACGAGGGUGAGUGUGAUUGGAAGCCUAGAGUUCGCAUGACAUUUGAUACAGAACAAGAAGCAUAUGAUUUCUAUAAUACUUAUGGAGGAAGGUUGGGCUUUAGUAUUAGAAGGGGUUAUGUAAACAAGAGCAAAGAGGGGCAAAUCACUUCAAGGCAAUUUGUUUGUAAUAAGGAAGGAUUUCGGGUUGUCGACAACAGAAUGUACGCAUAUGUUAUACCAUCCCAAAGGAAGAUAUCUACAUCACAGGCAACCGAAAUAGAUUUAGCCGAAAAAUCUGGAAUCCGUCUUAAUGCUGCAUUUGAGCUCAUGGGUAAUGAAGUUAGUGGAAGGGAGUCGCUUGGGUUUACAAAACUUGACCAAAAAAAUUAUUUGAGAACGAAGAGGCAAAACAGUUUAGCAUAUGGGGAGGCAGGUAGCAUUUUGCAAUAUUUUCGUGACAAAUCAUUGGAGAAUCCAUCUUUUUUUUACUCGGCCCAAUUAGAUAACGAGGAGCAGAUUACGAACAUAUUUUGGGCCGAUGCUCAGAUGAUCAUGGAUUAUGGGCAAUUUGGUGAUGUUGUCACUUUCGACACUACUUACAAGUUAAAUAGUUCACACAGACCAUUUGCGUCUUUUGUUGGAUUAAACCAUCAUAGGGAAACUGUGGUAUUUGGUGCAGCUUUGAUGUAUGAUGAGACCGCCGAUUCUUUCGUAUGGCUUUUUAGAAGAUUCUUGGAGGCAAUGUCAAGUAAGGCUCCAAAAACAAUUUUUAUGAAUCAGGAUGCUGCAAUGGCUAAGGCCAUACCUAUUGUCAUGCCUAACACAACCCACCACCUUUGCACUUGGCAUUUGAUGCAAAAUGCAUUAAGGCAUGCAAAUUCUAUCUUCAAGGAUAAGGCGAUGAAGGAUAAGGGGAUGAAGAGUGUUUUAUACACGUUUAUGUACGACAUUGAGGAUAAGGAAGAGUUUAUGUUAAAAUGGAAGGAAAUGCUUGACAAGUAUGAAGUAACAGAUAAUCAUUGGUUGAAGUUAACAUUUAGGGUCAAGGAAAAAUGGGGUUGGCCAUCAGUUAGAAAUCAUGGGGUGCGGGCAUGA